CCCCCAUACGAGCAACGUGCCAUUUGCAGUCCCAGCUGCUCCGCGAGGGGAGCGCGCUGCUGCGCAUGCUCCUCGCGGAGUACCUCUGGGGCUUGUAGUCCUUCGCGGCCAGCCGCAUUUCUUGCCGCGUCUUGGUGGAAAGGGAAAGGGAGGCACGCUUGGCACGUACGCCCAAGUAGGCGCGCCCGCCCGCUUCUUUCGGAGGAGGAGGAGGAAGGCGCGCGUGGGUGACCCGGAUGCAAAACUGCGCCUCGUUUCCUGAGAGCGGGACGGUAGAAAAACUCAACUUUGGCGGGUGAGGAAGGUGGCUGCGCAGCGGGGCCGCUCGCAGGGUCUGAGGUUCGGGGCGGAGAGGCGUCGGCGGCGUCCUCGUGGCCGGGCAGAGUUAGGCGCGCUGUGCCGGGCGUAAGUUUGGGCCUACGCCGUCGCCGCCUCCUCGCACCGCUUCGUUUUUCUGAGGCCUUACAGGAGAAACGGUCGGUGGUGGGGGAGGGGAAGAGUUGUGGCUAUUUGAAUAAUAAUAACGGGCCUCUUUCUCGCCUCUCCCUUCAUCCUGGUGUGUGAGAGGCCUCUGGAAUCGGGGGCGGGAGGUUUCCACGCAAUGGGACCCGCGAAGGGAGCGCCUGUAGCUGUUGGGCCCGACAGCCCUGCGUUGCGGGGCCCGUAGUUUUUGCUCGCGCUCACAGUGCGCUCCGGAGCUGCGGUUUCUAACCCUCGGUUCAGAGCGAAGUGAAGGGCUGCUUACUUCUGCUUUGGCCUGGUUCCCAGGAAACUUAGGCAGUCUUCAGUCUGAACGUGAUUUUUGCUGGGAGUUAUCUCCUUGAGCACAGCGGGCCUCCCCCCCCGCCCUUUUCGAGUAGGCGUGCAUGGCAUUGUUUGGGGUGUGGAGGUGGUCGUUCCCUUUCAUGGCAAACUCAACUGAGGGGCGCUCGCGGGAUUGUAGACAAAACGGACCACCGAAACAAAAAGAGAUGAGCAGCCUCAGGGAACCCCCAAGUUUGCAGGCAUACAAAAAUUAAUAAAUAGGAGUUUGUAUGGAAGUUAUGGUCAACCUCCCCCAGCUGCCCAGUGGUCACAAUAAUACUAGGUGGGGGACACAGUAAUGGAAUAGACCAUAUUGGAAGAUAGCAAAAUACACAAGAGAGCAUAAUAAUACGUAUUGCUAAACAGCCUGUUUGUCUUGGCCAAGGGCUUUGUGGGAAGAAGUUUGGAUUGCUGAGAUAGAUGCUUUAAGUACAGUAGAUAUUUCCAUCAACUAUUUUAGUUUUCUCAUGGAAAAUGUAAAUGCCACCUUGAGUCUUUGUUUUUCAACUUUGCCUUUGUCUUUGUCUUGAGUCUUUGUCUUUCGACAAAGAGGCUCAAUACACAAAUGAUUUUUAUAUAUAUAUAUAAAAAGAUUUAAACAUCUUGGGAUUCAAAAUCAAGUUAGGCACAAAUGAGCACGUUUUAGCAUUCCAAUUUUAAACAUAACAAGAACUCCAUUUAACAUUCAGUGUAAAACCUUGACCACAUCCGGUUUAUCAAUUAUAUCAAUUAUAACAGAGUGGGGGGUCUGAAGACUUGUCUUACAACAGAAAAAAUAUAACUUUCUGUUUGCAGAUAUUUAUAACACAAUAAUAUUUAUUGGAAGCAUGGCUGAGUUACUAGACAGCGGAAAGAAAAAAAGAAAGAAAUUUGAAGAAGCUGAUAGCGCAACUGCUAAGGACUCAAAGGCUGAUUCCUCUAUCAUAGCAAAUGAUGGUAAAACUUCUAGUACAUGUGAUGAAGAUAAGGGAGAUGGGAGUGCUCUUGAUGACAAAAGACUGAAAAAGAUGAAAUUUGAAUCUGAAUCUGAAGAGGUUCCUGCAGAUAAAAUGGUGAGUGUUUCAAACAGCAAUUUUGAAGCAUUUUUCUCUUUUAAGCAUUUGUGCACUGUAGGCAGAAAAUGUCUGUUUAGUUGUAACACACAUUGAUCAAGGUCAUCAACUAUAUAUACAGAUUGAACUAAGGAAUUUUUCUUACAUACCAACAUGACUCUCUUUCCACAGGCUAGUGUUGCUGACACAGCCAGUUUGGGGGUUCCAGAAGCUGGAAAGAACUUGGUUGAAGAAGCAAAGAGAGAUGCUUCCCCAGACCUAGAGAUAAAGCCUGCUGUCACGGUGGAAGAAAAUAAAGCAGCAAUAAAUAAAGAAUAUUGUGACACAACUGAAAAGGGAGAUGUCAGUGCUGUGGACAGCAGGAGAGCAAGAAAAAGAAGAGGGGAUCCUGAUCUUGACCAAAGCCCAACAAAGAAAAGAGUAAGUGUUUCCAUAGCAGUUCAGUCUUUAUUCUUGAACUGUAGCAGCACUAAUAGGAAAAAAAAUAGCUACUCUUUAUUUCCUUAAUCCAGGGAUGUGUUUCCUUAUUCCUCUGGAUGUUUUUGGACUACAGUUUCCAUAGUCCCUUAUUGGCUAUGCUUGGGGCUGAAGGGAGUUGGAGUCCAACAUCAUCUAAUGGGUCACAGGCUUCCUACAGACUUCGUCUUUGUUUGCAUUCAUGUGUCAUGACAAAACAAAGUCAAAUGGCUCCUGCUUGGCUCUUCCUGGUACAAGAAACAAAUUGUGACUCCCGACUUAGCAUUACAUCUGAGCUGACUAUCUUAUUCUUGCUGUAUGGAUUGCAUGUGAAGCUAAGGUUUGAUAGGUUGUAAUGCUAAACCAAGGAUUCAUAAUUCUUUGAUCACACGGAUGGAGAGUAAAGCAGGAGCAAUCUUUAUGUUCACAAUAAAUCAUUAAAUUUGUCUUAAUAGCAUGCAGACUGAACAUAUGGAUGAUCUCCUGUUAAGACUGCUUGCUUGCAUGAUUGGACUUGCAGUUUCUCUUCUUGGUUCUCCAGCUGGGUAUCUACAAGUUCUAAAACAGAUUUUGGAAAGGUUCCUCCAACCCUUGGGAGCAGAUUUUGGGAGCGCACCCAGCAGGAAGUGGGUGAAAGGAAAAGUUUCACUGCAUAGGUCAACUCCUGCUUGUGCUACAUUGGAUCUCGCCCUAUGUGCUGUUUAAUCUUAGGAAUUUUGUAUGAAACAGUACUUUUAUAUGUUUAUUCCUAAAAAAAAAUCCUUCUGGGUGGGGUAGGAAGCUGGAAAAAGCUGGACAGAGUUCAAGGUAAUCUAAUUAGUUGCAUGAGACAUGCUAUUAUUUAAGUUACAGUAUUUCUAAGGUUUUUUAAGUACAAUAAUUUGUUGAUCAUCUAGUAACGUUCUUAUUUACCAAGUGAUUUCAUUCUAGAUUUCUACAUCAAAACCAGAUACUCUACCUACAAAUCAGUGGUGGUGGUGUUUUAUGUUUGCAUAAAGCUUAUUUUUUUGUACUGUUCAUAGUGCAUAAUGUGCUGUUCAUAGCACAUAAUGCUACCACUAAGUAGCAAAUGAAUGCAUAUAAAGCCUCAUAUUUUUCACUUUAUCUUUUAUUUGAUGUUCUUGUGCAGCAUACUGAAACUGUAGCAGCACAUUAUAAUAAGCUUGAAGAAGUUGGAUUGGAACAGCGUAGUAUGAGUCGCAUUUUCUAUCUUCGGAAUUUUAACAACUGGAUAAAGAGUGUGCUCAUUGGUAUGGCUAUAUAUUUUGAAAUAUAUAUAUUUCUAGUGUAUUCAUAUUUUCAGAUGCUACUUUGUUGGGAUUGAAGAAAAAUCUACAUUAGUACAGUUAGGUAUGGUGGGUCAGAUCUUGCACUUGAUUUUUGAAUCCCAAAUAUGAAACCUAAUAUCUAAAGCAAAAGAACCAUUAUAAUGUUAACACGUUUACUCUGUACAGUGCUCCUUAAUGUAAUACUAAUUUAUUGUUUGAGUGAUUUGAGUGAAUUCUAUGAUUGAGUGUUGGACUAGGGCCUGGAGUUUACUGGAUGAUAUUGAGCUAGUCACUUUCUCUAAGCUUAACCUGCCUCACAGUGUUGUUAGGAUAAAAUGAAGAAAACCGUGGCUGUCACCUUGAGAUGGCAUAUGAAUGUAGUAAUAAAUAAAAUAAUUACACUAUAUUUAGAUAUGUAUUUCCUACAUCUAUUGGGGUCUCUGGCUCUCAGUUUUAAGUGCUAUGAACUUGUAAUUGCAAAAUUAUUGUGAGCUAAACUACAAUAUUUUUUCUUUAAGAGAUAACAAAAAAUAGAUGCCAAACCUAUACAUUUACCUGGGAAUAAGUUCCAGUGAAUUCAGCAGAACUUAUUUCUGAAUAGGCAUGCAUAGGAUAGUAUUGUAAAUGCCUUUUCCAUGCUUACAUUUUAAAUUUAUCUCAGACAAAUGAAUUUCCUUUGCUUUUAGUGGAGUGCAACUUUUUGUUUAAGUUACUCAUGAGAUGGUAAAACUCCCAGAAUUACAAAAGGAAAUGCACAAUAGAUGUAUUUUUUUAUUUAUGCUAAAGAUUUUAUGUGUCUUUUCUUUCCUAGGUGAAUUCCUUGAGAGGGUGCGGCAAAGAAAGCAAAGCAUUGCAGUUUUAGACUUGGGAUGUGGCAAAGGUGGGGACUUGCUAAAAUGGAGAAAAGGCAGAAUUAGUAGGCUUGUGUGUACAGGUAAGAAGGCAAAUUUGAUAUGGGUUUAUUAUUCAUAAAACUCAAUUUUUUAGCAACUAAAAAUUCACAUUGGAAGCCAAGUUUCUUCCGGUAUAUGGGUACCUCCAUAGAAGAGUCCUUCUGCUUGCCUGAACCUACCAGCCUUGCCAUGGUAAGGAUACAUGGAACAGGGACUUCGUGGAUUAUCUUAAGGGUUUGGCAGUUUCAUUUUGUUCUGUAUCUUCUUCACAAGGAACUUGAUUUAAACACUGAAUCACUUAAUAUUUGGAAAUGCAUAAACUGUUAUUUCAGUUCCAACUAUUUAGCAGAACUGGUCUGCAAUGCCAUUAGCCAGGCUUUGCCAACCUGUUGCCCUAAGAAUAUUAGAUAUGCAUUUCCAAUUAGGCCUAAUCAGCAUAGGAUGAUGGAAAUUGUAGUUCAAUAGCAUAUGGAGGGCCACAUGUUCAGCGUUGAUGCCAUAUAUGGUAUAUGAUAUAUCAUAUGUCAUCUGCUUACGUUGAAAAACUCUGCAAUUGUCUUUAAUUUAGCUGUUAGCAUUCCAGUACUGUAUUUUCAUAGCAAGUUACAAAAAGUUAUACAGAAACAAUAACAAACAGAAUGUCCCCUCCAUCCCUUACCAAUUUGCUCUGUCUCUAUGCUAGAUACGCAUUUCAUGGCUUGACCUUUGGAAGUUGCUAUUUCAUUUAAUGUGAUUGCAGCUUGAAUUCUUCAUUGUUUUGGCUUGAGCUGCUUGUCCUUUUUAAGUUCAGGUAUUUUACAAUUAUUAUAUCCUGUGGUAUGGCAAGCGCUAUUUUUAGUAAAAAUUCACUCUGCAAAUUACUUAAUUGAGAUGGCUCCUGGGGUUGUCUUCAGAUUUAAUGUAAAACUUUAUCUGUGAAGGCAUCUACUCAAAUAGCUUGCUGAGAGUUCUUUAAUUCUGAAAGACGAGGUUGCAGUGUUAAGAGUGGUUUUCAACUCUUUUGUUCAGAUAUGGUUGUUUAUUGCUUUCAGGAAUACUUUUCUGCAGCUAUUCAAAAGUCUAAAUUAGGGUUUUCCAAGGCUGUCACCCCUUAUAUUUGUAUUCACUGCCUGCUUAGUAUAGCUGACAUGGUUACUUCCUUUAGCUCACUAACAAUAAAUGGUAAAAAGCAAUCCCAGUAUUGACCUAGAGAUGGCAGCACAGCCUCUUUUUUGUUUUCAAAAACGUGUAAAUAGUUGUGUUAGGUAAGCAUUCUUAAAAAGUUUUUUAUGGUCAGAAUAAAAUUACUGAUAGUCAUUUUCUUCACAGCAUUAAGAAUUCAAAUUGAAAGUUGUCAUGUUACAAAAAGUAGUGUACUAAAUCAUUUUUUUUUAAAUUAAAAACUUUUGAGUUAAGCCAAGAAUGUGACACAGCUCUAGUUUUAAGAAAAAUACACAUCUCUUCCUCAUGUAAAUAUUUAAUAUUAAAUUAUGAAAUCUUUUUGCACAUAAGGUGCAAAUGCUUUUCUUUGCUUCCUAAGUGUUUUGGUUCUGUACAGUGAUUUUUUAGCAUACCCUAUGCAGAUCUCUGAGUAGUUGUGAUAAGCAGUUGCCAAAUAAAAUACUUUUAGCCUUCAAUUAUAUACUUGCCUUCUCCUGCUUUACAGCUUUCUGAAGAGUUUUUUGAUUAUGCGUUUUUUAAAAAUAGAUAUUGCUGAUGUUUCCGUACAACAGUGUGAAUCGCGGUACUAUGAUAUGAAAAACCGUGGUCGUCAAAAUGAGAGAAUAUUUAGUGCAGAAUUUAUAACUGCUGACAGCACAAAGGUAUAGUUAUUCCAUGUUUUUUAAAAUUAAUGGUGGGUGUCUAAAAUGUAAAUGAAGGGAAAGGUUAGAAAACAAAUGUGCAGAAGUAAACCAGCCAUUGCAUUAUUUUCUACAUGAUUGCAUAGUUAAAAGACAAGGUCUGCAUGAAAGUAUUACUUCUUUGAUAGGGUCACUUUAUCAGGAACUCUAAAUAAGUUAGUGUAACUAUUCUUUUAUGUGCUGUAGUGCAGAUUUUUGCCUAAAAAUAAUUUAUCUCCAAUAUUGGUGUUUUCUUUCCAGCAAGAAAUACUUUUAGUUUUAGUUUUUAGUUCCUAACAUUGGAGAUAGGAAAAUAUAAUGGGUUGCGGUGAUUUAACUUGCAGGUAGUCAGUUGAAAAGAGCAGAAAAAUAAUCAGACGACUUUAGGUUUGUGCCUCCUAGAUUAAAAAACUGUGUUUUUGUGGUAAGCGUACUGGAACAAUGCAAUUGUUUUCCCGUCCCAAUUUUUUCCUAACAGCAAAAAUAAACAAUUCUCUUCUGUUUGUCUUAGGAACUUCUCUCCAAAAAGUACAAUGAUCGAAACAUCCACUUUGACAUUUGCAGUUGUCAAUUUGUGUAUCAUUAUUCUUUUGAGACAUAUGAACAAGCUGAUAUGAUGCUUAGAAAUGCCUGUGAAAGACUUUGCCAUGGAGGAUAUUUUAUUGGCACAACUCCAGAUAGCUAUGAACUUGUGUAAGUAUGUAUGAAUGAUGUUUUUAGAUAAUAAUUGGGGGUGGAUACUUUUUAGACUUCGUGUAGCAUAUUUACACAUGUAAGCUUGUUGAGGACUCUUGGAAGAACUAAUGUACUGAUACAUUAGAAUAGCACAGUCACCCACCUUAUACACCUGCAAGUGUUUGUUAGGUCUGUUGUCUGCAGUUUUUCCACACUUUCCAUCCCACACCUGCCUCAAAAUACAACAGUUAGGACAUGAAAAGGAAUAAACUUUCUCCAUAGGUUUUGCCAGACUGUAGCCACAAAGAAAGUCUGGCGUCCUCAAGAAAAUUCCAGGCCCUCUCCUUGAAUUUCCAUCUUUUGUCUGCAAUAAGUCUGGAGAUUUUAUUCUACUAUCUAAUAAUUCACUUGCCAGCAAAUGCAAAGGCCCCUGACUACCUAGUCCAGAUAUAUGCAGUUUAGCUAGAUGUGCAUUCUGGAAGGCAGGGCAGAGUAUCUUGGUCUGCCAUAAAUAUUGGCCAGUUGUACCUCUGGUUACGUACUUAAUUCGUUCUGGAGGUCCGUUCUUAACCUGAAACUGUUCUUAACCUGAAGCAUCACUUUAGCUAAUGGGGCCUCCUGCUGCUGCGCCGCCGGAGGAGCAUGAUUUCUGUUCUCAUCCUGAAGUAAAGUUCUUAACCCAAGGUACUAUUUCUGGGUUAGCGGAGUCUGUAACCUGAAGCGUAUGUAACCCAAGGUACCACUGUAUUAUCAUAAGUCAGCUGAAGAAGGCCAGCAACCUCACUGGUGCAGUUAAAAGCAAGAUUAUCUGACUGGCCCAAAUAUUUGGUUAAUCUUUUUUUCCAGUUAUUUAAAUUCAUAAAAAUGAAUCAGGGAGAUACAUAUUACUGAAGUUAUAUUAUAUACAGGAAGUUAAUAUAUUGCUCUAAAUAGUCCUGGGAUAGGAUUUUAUCAUUGUUUUACUGUAUCUGACUUCAUUAGUGAGGUUAGAGAUAUGUAAACAGGCCCAUACUGUUGUGUUAUGUUUCAACAAAAGAGUUAGACGGUUUUGUGGGUUUUUAAUUCCAUGUCGACUUUUAUUAUGCUGUCAUAGAAAGCGCCUUGAAGCUUCAGAAACAGACUCUUUUGGGAAUGAAAUAUACACAGUGAAGUUUCAGAAGAAAGGAGAUUACCCCCUGUUUGGCUGCAAGUAUGAUUUUAACCUGGAAGGAGUGGUUAAUGUGCCAGAGUUCCUGGUCUAUUUUCCAUUGCUGGUAGAGUAAGUUUUUAUGUUUUACCUUUUAUUGUGUGUGUGUGUAAAUGAAAAAUGGUUGCUAGAGGAGUGCUAUGUCAGCUUUUAGCCACUUGAGCUAAAAUGUGGUAAUUUGGAGGUUGGUCCAUCAUAUCCUAGAUAUUUGAACAAAAUCUGACAUGCCCUCCCUUUUAACCGCCUUCCUUUUUCUUGGCAUCUUGUUAAAGCCAUGAUACUUGGUUCUACAGGGCCAUGGUAUCCAGUUUUGUCUUCUAUACUGCAUAGCUGUUUUGCUUCCUUUCUGUGCCAGGUUCCCUCUUCUCCCCUGCUUAUUAUUUCCACUAUAAUGGUUGUUUUCUGGUCUGUGUUUACUAAGGCACACCUGAACCUAUUAAAAGUGUAUCCAUAGCUUGGAUACAUUGCCACAGUCCACAUUGUACUUCAAGGACAUGAUCUAUAUAAGUAUGCAUUGGUGCUAAUGCCUAAGCAUUUCAUAACUAACUUAUAAUAUUGAAUAUCUAACCCCCUGAGCUGCAGUUCCAGGGUGUGGUUGCUGUUAUAGUUGGGCAUCAGUAGGUGUAUGCAUGCUGUACUGUGUAUGUAUAUAUGAUAAUACAUACGUAUUUUAAAUGUACAGUACUGUUACUAGUUUUUUUAAAAAAAACAUGUUCACAUUAAGUAGUGGUGAAUUUAGAUGAGUUGCAAUGUUUCUUAUGAUCUUGUAUUGUGACACAGAAGUAGUUUUUGGAAAUUUGAAUGAUGCUUUGAUGAUCACUCAUAAUUUGUGUUUUGUGCUAAUUAAGCAUUUAUAUUUCUAACAAAAUUUAUUUUUCCUAGAAUGGCCAAGAAGUAUGGCAUGAAACUAGUCUACAAAAAGACUUUCCGGGAGUUUUACGAAGAAAAGGUUAAGAAUGAAGAACAUAAAAUUCUUUUGCAGCAAAUGCUGGCAUUGGAGGUUAGUUUUCAAAUGCAUAUAGACAGAUUUGUUCUAAUUGUCAGCCUUGUCAAUUGUUGCAUUGCUUUUUGAUAAACACUGUGCAGUAAUUCUAAGACAAGUUAAUUUAUAUGUUUACUUAGGCUAUACUAGUUAUCCAUCUUACAUUGCAUUUGAAUGGGAUUGUGUUAGGUAUGCUUUAUUUCACGUACCAUCAUAUCUUGGUGUGUUCUGUCAAUGUACAAUCAGUGUGCAGACAAUUACACUGCAGUUACAUUUCUCAUUUAUUAUAAACAUGCUCACUUGGAAGUGUCUUUUUGAUAAUCUGUAGAACAUAAUUCCAAGUUAAUGUACUGUACUUUGAAUUCCUCCAUUUCAAAACUUUCGGUUCAUUGUAGUGCUAAUGGCCUACUUCUGCAAUAAAUAACAAUAAUUAAAUCAUGAUCAUUAGAAAUCUAAAGGAUCUUGUAUUGCUACAAGUGUUGGGCAUGUUACUAAGAGAUUAUAUGAUAGCUAUCUUCAAAUUCAGUGGUACCUCAGUUUUCGAACGUCUUGGAAAUCGAACGGUUCAGUUUUUGAACGCCAAAAACCCGAAAGUAAAUGCUUCUGUUUUCAAACGCACCUCGGAAGUUGAGCAGCUUCCACUGAGGUACCACUGUAUUUUACUCAAUUUUCUCUUUAAAUUUGCAGACUGCCCUUUGUGCCUUGGUUUUUGAAUGUUUCGGAAGUCGAACGGUCUUCCGGAAUGGAUUACAUUUGAAAACCGAGGUUUCACUGUAUCUAAAUGGAAGAUAGAGAAAGCUUGUUUUCUACUGCUCCAGUGGGUAGGACCAGAACCAAUGGAUUAAAAUUACAAGAAAGAAAAUUUCUGACUAAACAUUAGGAAGAACACUCUAGUAGAAUGAGCUGCCGAGGUUUUUAAACAGAUGUUGGAUGGCCAUCCAUCAGUGAUUCUUUCGCUGUGAACUAGAUGAUUUGUAUGAAUCUGUGUCUUACACAUCCCAGGCUGUGGUCUGAGGACACUCGUUUCAGAAGCUAAGCAGGUCUGGAUCAGGCCAUUGCAUGGAGCAUGCUUAGGACCCUAUGAGUUUCAUCAUACAAUAAAUCAGAGCUAUAAAUGUGGAAUGCAAGGUGACAGUGUUGGUGACACAGAAUACAUCUUUCAUUGGGUCAACUACUAAAUAGUAUUUGGGGGCUUACAGUUGGAGCUAUUAUGACUGGGUAUAAGUACCUCAUUUCUUUGUCAUUGUUAGCUCAAGGGCAAAGUAGGCAUCAGUACAGACAUCUGUAUAAUCUGUUUUUUUCAGAAAUACCCUGCUGAUGAAAGUUCCAGGCUGGUCUCAAAUAAAAAAGAGGACUAUGAGCAUGCAGAAAUGCUGAAGAAUGGUGGGAAAGCCAAGUUACCCCUUGUAAGUAUCAAGUAUCCAGUCUCUGGAGCAGAUCAGGCUGCUUUGCAGCCCACUCUUUGCCUUCUGUGUUUCAACACUUGGCAAAGCUUAUGCAUGUUGGGUUGGGUCCAUGGAACUGAAAAACUCAGGAUAGUGCCCUGAAAAUCAUUGAUGGCCAUGUGCUAAGUGGAAAAGAGCAUACCUUCCUGAUAGCGCCAUUGUGAAGCAAGAAGUAGUGACAAAUGCUGGCCACCAAUGGUGCUGCUGGAUUUCUGUUCUUUUGUUUCUGCAGAAUUAUGAAACUUCUAUUGCCGUUCUAAUGCGCUUGAGUACUAGUCUCUCUGGGCAUUAGAGCAGCUGCAGGGAGGCCUGUGCAGGAAGUGUCCUCUCAUUGUUGCUUUGAAAGUUUUCAGCCUUGAAAGGAGAAGGAAAUGUGCUAUAUUCCCUUUUGUUUGGCAUCUGAACUUUGGCAAUUACAGCAGACUUAUUUCUGAAGAGAUAGUCAUAAUCUAUGGUGCUCAAAAUCGUAUAGUAUCAGCUUUGCAAAUUAAUCUAUAAAAGCUAUUAACAUAUAACUUUACUAGACAGCCUGCCCACCACAUACUAAUGCAAGUCAUUUGCAUCCUUAAAAUAAAAGAGAAACUGCUUGAUUACAAAAACUCAUGUGUCUCCUUCCCUGAAUGUGCAAUCAGGCAUAGCUAAGUACAUAAUAAACCUGCCCCUUUACAGUGAGAUACUUCAACUCACUGGUUGAUCACCUUCUAAAUGUGCUAACAGAUCUUUCCCUUUCAUUGAGAAUACUGAAGUAUAGUGGCGCAUGUUUUGGCUUUCUGAAAUCUGAAACUAUUAUUGAUAUCUGAAGCCUUAAAAUAUUGCAGCAGGAAGGAACAGUUUGUCCCUGGAGAGAGAGAGAGAGAGAUUCCUGCUAAUUGCUUAAAAUGUAUACAAUAAUUUGCUGUCUGUAAAUGUGACAUUUUCUUUCUUUCAAGGGAACCCUGAGUAAAUCUGAAUGGGAGGCAACAAGUACGUACUAUAACUGAUGUUUAAAUAUUACUAUAAUAGUUCAGUAUUGUAUUUUAUUCCCCCAAACCUGUUCUAUAGCUGUCAGGCUAGUUUGUUUUUAAAAUGUAAGAAUUUCUCCAGCAGGACCUUUUUAUGAGGGUAUCUGCUAAGUACAGAGUUUUCAGGAAAAACGGGCGAUACAUAGCUGCUAUGUAAAAAUGCCUCUAGAUCACAACUUCAUUCAGCUCAAGUACAUCACAAAGUAAAUUUAGUAGCAAAAUUGUUAGGUAACCAAGAUUUGUUCUUGGCUGUAGAGCUUGUGGUAAGCGAGGCUAGAGUUUAACCACAAGCCCCAGUUCAGAUGACAUGGUAAGCCAAAUGUUGGUUUAGCUGCUAUGGGAGCACAAAGGACCAGACAGGUGUUGGAGUGACUACAACUUCCUCUCUGGGAAUCUGCAGUUUGGUGAUUUGGCUUACCAUGGUGUGUGAACCAGGCCAGUAUUUUUUCUAUUACGUAUAGCCAGACAGCUUUGGUGCUAUAAUUUUUUUGCUUGCCUUUUGGUUUUGGAUGCUCAUAAUAGCUGUCAGAGCUCUUAUAAACAGAGCCGUGCCCUGUGUCUGGCCAAAUACCGAACCAAAUUGGGUUGACCCAGAAUUCGGCUGGAUCACGUUUGGGGCAGCCCCAAAUCAUUCCGAGUUGGAUCAGGUCCACCUAAAGUGAAGUGGUCUUGGCAGUAAGGAGAGAGACGGGAGAAGGAGAACUGCAGGCAUCCUGCAUGUGUCUUCUUUCCCCCUCCCAACUGAAUGUUUAAUUAGGAUUUAAACCCCCGCCCAACCACCUGAAUGUGCAAGGCCCUUGCAUCAGUUGAUAGGCUGUAUCUGAGUGAGGUUGGUGGAAUGGGUCAGAUUGGGAGCAAUCCAAAGCCCAGGAGCACCACUGGAACUCAAGGCCCUAGCACCAGUGGCCUCAGAUUGGCAACCCUUGCUCUAAGCUCUAUUAGAUGGUUAUAUGUUGUCAGAUUUGGUUGUUUAUGAACAGAAAUCUUUGAAACAGGAGGUUAAUGCUUUCUUUUUCCAUUUUUUUCCAGGUAUAUAUUUGAUUUUUGCCUUUGAAAAGCAGCAGUAAAAGAAGGCCACAAAAACACAAUUGAAGUGAUCUAGCAUCCAAAGUGACAGCUAUUUUAUAUUUUUAUGUUUAAAAGUGUGCAGGACACAACCAAAUUGGGCAAGCUUACCUAUGGUUUAUGGUUGACUGUCUGUGACAGAUGGAAUUUUGUUUUGUGUGUCUGUCUAUACACACAUACACACACAAUAUGAUUUUUUUGUUUGGGGGGAUGAUUGGGUUCUUACUUUUAACAAAGGAUACAUUUCCUGAAAUACUUAGUUUGCGUUCAGAUGCAUUGGUUCAUUACUGACUGCUUAUAAACUUACAGCAUGACAGUGAUCACAGGAUGAAGAAAUUAUAAUGUAUCUUCCAUCCAGAUGGUAAUCCAGCUGUUGCCAUACUCUUUCAAUACCUUGACAAGCCAAGGUAGUAAGGGUCUUGGUAAUUUAUUGCUCUACAUGCUGUUUAAGCUGCCCCCAAGUUUUGAAGUGUUCAUCAUGCAACAAGUGUUUAUUUGAAAUCGCCUGUUCUGCUUCACAAAGUUGCAGACAAGCAAAUUAGUAAAUAUCAGCUGAAUUCAGAACCACUGCACUCCUUGGAAAAAUAGCUGCCUCCAUUCCAGAGCUAUGUAACUGGGUGUCUCCUUUUAGAGGAGAAACCUUUGUCAACCAGUUUAAGUGAAUGACGAUGUGCUUGCAUGCAUGUGAGCUCUGUGCAUCAGAAUGCCAGACAUCAUUCAUUGGUUGGGCUUUUUAUCGCCACUCCACAGUGCAGUAUUUUCAGUGUUAAAUAAUUGUGGUUGAUGUGUCAGAUGGGGAAGUAUUUGGAGGAACACGAAUUUUGUUGUUUGUGCUCAUUGGUGUGUAAUUUUUCAUAGUAUGUGAUCAAGAUUAAAUAGAAUUCUGUUCUGUACAA